AUGGUCAGCACCAAGUCCUAUCCUGUUCCAUUCGAAGACAAGCUUGGCGAAGAUGAGCUCAACAGGCUCAAGAGGCGCAUCAAUGAAGCUCUUUUUAAUGACAAGGAACGAAACACCAAUGUCAUUGUCUUUGAUCGUAAUCCUCUUUCUGACAAGGAGUUGGAUGAGGUCAUGAUCUACAUCAGCAGCCAUGCAAUUGUCACCUCUGUCAAGCACACCAUGGACGCCAUUGAGGCCACCACUGAGGAUGAUCGCAAGGUCAACAUCACUCUCUUUUUUGGUGGCAUCUGUUUCAACCGCAAGAUCGUCCAAGCCAAGAAGAAAGCUCGCGAAUCUGUUGAGUCUGCAGACUCUGCUUUCGGUGCCUUUGAGGAUGUCACUGGUCAGGGAUUGACACAAGUGGUUGGUGCGUUCGCUCCUGCCGAUGCUGCCGAAGAUGCCGCCAAGAAGAAGAUGGCGGAUGCGAUUGCGGAUGCGAUUGCGGAAGACCUCGACGACCUCGACCUUGACGAUUAG